AUGGCCUCUACUACUGCUCUACCAAAGCCUACCGUCCUUCAAAGGACGUCUCCUUCGUCUACCUCUUUGUCGUCCAUGUCAUCCCUAGGCGAUGAGAUCAAUAAGACCAAGGCAACUGGAUACGGCAAGCUCAUCGAUACUUACGGAAAUGAAUUCGAACUUCCAGAUUAUACUGUCAAUGAUAUCCGAAACGCAAUUCCUAAGCAUUGUUACGAGCGCUCUGGAGCACGAGGUCUGGCUUAUGUGGCUCGUGAUAUUGCCAGCUUGGCAACUACCUUCUUCCUUUUCAACAAAUACCUCACACCAGAAAAUGUUCCCUCGACCCCAGUUCGCGCUGUGUUGUGGGCUCUAUACACCAUCGUUCAGGGCUUAUUUGGCACUGGUCUCUGGGUCUUGGCUCAUGAAUGUGGCCACCAAUCUUUCUCACCUUCAAAGGUUUUGAACGACACAACUGGAUGGAUAUGUCACUCUGCUCUCCUUGUCCCAUAUUUCUCAUGGAAGAUCUCCCACGGCAAGCACCACAAGGCAACUGGCAACAUGGAGCGUGAUAUGGUUUUCGUUCCCAAGACUCGUCAAGAUUAUGCUAACCGCCUCGGAAAAUUCGUUCACGAACUUCACGAGCUCACCGAAGAAACUCCAAUUGCGACUCUCAUCCACUCCAUCGGCCAACAACUUUUUCGGCUGGCCUCUUUAUUUGUUCAUGAACGUCACCGGCCACAACUAUCACGAGGUCACUUCAACCCAUCCAGCCCUCUUUAUGAAGCCAAGGAUGCCAAAUUGAUUUUGUUGAGUGAUCUCGGUAUCGCCAUCACCGUCGCUGCUCUAGGUCAUGCUCACCAAGACUUACGGUUUUCUACAACAUGGCUGUUUGGUACUUUCGCUCCAUACCUCUGGGGUAACCACUGGGCUCGGUUGCUAUUACCUUUCCUUCAACACACGAACCCCAAACCAUCCUCACCUACUCAGGGCGAGAGUUUGGGAACUACCGUCCUGGGAGCCUGUCUGCACCCAUGA